UCGUCAAGUCGUCGCACAAGCCGCACCACAUAGCAGCUGAUAGUUCCAAACGAGUGAAACAUCAAGGGAGCGAGUGGCGUGUGAGAGCAGAGCAGUCGUCAGAGCCUAAGCUUAGCGCCAUGGGGUCUUUGCCGCCGACGGAGAAGCAGAGGCCGCAGCCGCACGCCGUGAUGAUCCCGUACCCGGCCCAGGGCCACGUCACCCCUUUGCUGAAGCUGGGCAAGCUGCUCCACGCCCGGGGCUUCCACGUCACCUUCGUCAACAACGAGUACAACCACCGCCGCCUUCUGCGGUCGCAGGGCGCCGAGAUGCUCAACAGCGUGCCCGGGUUCCGCUUCGAGGCCAUCGCCGACGGCCUCCCGCCGUCCGACAACGAGGACGCCACGCAGGACAUCACCUCGCUCUGCUACUCCACCAUGACCACCUGCUUCCCCAGGUUCAAGGAGCUCAUCCUGAGGCUCAACAAGGACGCCGAGGACUCCGGCGGCGCGCUCCCGCCGGUGACGUGCGUCAUCGGCGACAGCGUCAUGUCUUUCGCCCUCGGCGUCGCGAGGGAGCUCGGCAUCCGCUGCGCCACGCUCUGGACCGCCAGCGCCUGCGGCUUCAUGGCCUACUACCACUACAAGGACCUUGCUCAACGCGGCCUUGUUCCUCUCAAAGACGAGCAGCAAUUGAGCAAUGGAUACUUGGACACAACCAUCGACUGGAUACCAGGUGUGCCCAAGGACCUACGUUUACGCGACUUCCCAAGCUUCGUGCGUACGACCGACCCCAACGACAUCAUGUUCAACUUCUUCAUCCACGAGACGGCCGGCAUGUCGCAGGCAUCCGCAGUGGUCAUCAACACAUUCGACGAGCUGGACGCACCGCUACUAGAUGCUAUGUCCAAGCUGUUGCCAAAGGUUUACACCGUUGGGCCGCUCCAGCUCACGGUGCGCAACAACAUACCGGAGGAGAGCCCUAUUGUCAGCAUUGGGUCUAAUCUCUGGAAGGAACAGGAUGCGCCGCUCCGGUGGCUCGACAGCCGUCCGGCGGGCUCCGUUGUGUACGUCAACUUCGGGAGCAUCACCGUGAUGUCGAAGGAGCACCUGCUGGAGUUUGCUUGGGGAUUGGCAAACACCGGCUAUUCCUUUUUAUGGAACGUGCGGCCUGACCUCGUGAAGGGCGAUGAAGCCGCGCUACCGCCAGAAUUUUUCAAGCUAACGGAGGGGCGGAGCAUGCUGUCGACGUGGUGUCCACAAGAGAAGGUACUGGAACAUGAGGCCGUCGGAGUGUUCCUGACGCACUCUGGAUGGAACUCGACACUGGAGAGCAUCUCGGCAGGCGUGCCGAUGGUUUGUUGGCCCUUCUUUGCCGAGCAGCAGACCAACUGCCGGUACAAAUGCACGGAGUGGGGAAUUGGAAUGGAGAUUGAUGACAAUGUGCGGAGAGUCGAGGUAGAGGCGCUGAUACGAGAGGCCAUGGAAGGACAGAAAGGCCAAGAGAUGAAGCGUCGCGUGCUAGACCUCAAAAAGAGCGCGGUGGCCUCGGCGCAGCCCGGUGGAAGGUCCAUGAGCAAUGUCGACAAGUUCAUCGAAGAGGUGCUGUUGUAGUUUAUUUCCCCUUCGUUUGAUAUAUGUGAGGAACCAUGGGCGAAAAUAAGUUCAAUGUAAUAUGUCUCACAUUUACUAUAUUCAGUUGCCUGCAAAAAAAAGCUAAUUCUUGUUCUUUUGAA